CCGUACUCUACUUGCAAUAUUCCCUGCUAUUGAUAAAACUCGUUCAUUUGAAGUCGAUGACACAGGAAAUAUGAAGUUAUUCAGUGGUUGGUUAUGCAAGAUCAGGAUUUGCUGCACUGAUGGCAUUCAGAAGGUUCGUACAAACCCUUUUUGGAAUGUUUGAAAUUGGAUUGUAGGCUUCUUUACAUUAGCUGUUUAGGUAUCAGGCAUGACGUAUAAAAAAAUGUGUUUGCAGCGACGUUAUGUAUGAUGCAUUCAGUUGUCACGGAACUUUGAAUUAAGCUAUCCCUCAUUGGUUCUUCCCUAUCUGUCAUACUGGAGUCUGGUUCAUUUCCCCCUUUCUGUAUUGAUUGAUUCAGGCAGACACUCCCAUGCAACGGAUUUAUUCGAGAAAUUGCCAGCCGCUCACGGUAUAGUAUCAAACACGACCGUUUUAGCGCAUUUUUACUCUUUUUGCAACAAAAAAAAUUAGGAAAAGGCAUCCAACCAGCAUUUUUUUUACAAGGUGGAGAACGAGUUGUCUAUUCAAGCUCAUAGUAAAUCUCAACGAAGACGAUAAAUUAGUUAUCCCAAGUUAUGGAGAGAUGGGCUGGGAAGAUUGCAUUGGUUACCGGGGCAUCAUCAGGAAUUGGCAAAGCUACUGUCGGCCACUUAGUGAAACACAACAUGAAAGUGGUGGCAUGUGCGAGAAAUCAUGCAAAGCUUAAAGAAUUUUGCAAUAUUUGGAACAAAAAUGAACAAGGAGAAGUCUUUGCUGUUAAAUGUGACGUGACAUCCGAAAGCGAAGUUCUAAACAUGUUUAGGGAAAUCAAAAGAAAGUAUGGGGUUCUUCAUGUAUGUGUCAAUAGCGCAGGUCUCUGCCAUCCCGCACCGUUGCUAUCUGGAACAUUGACUGAAUGGAACUCAAUGAUUUCUACAAACAUACUGGGAUUGUGUUUGUGCACUCGUGAAGCUGUAAAACUCAUGGAGAGCGGUGGCGUCGACGACGGUCAUGUGAUACACAUAAACAGCAUGUCCGGGCACCGAGUGAAAGCAAACAAUCCACACGGCUACCUUUACACAGCUACAAAACACGCCGUUACCGCCCUUGGUAAGGGACUGCGACACGAGCUGAUUAUGAGAGGGUCUCGUAUCAGGGUGACGUGCAUUUCACCCGGAACCGUUGAAACUGAAUUUUUUCACAGGAUGUACCACCGGACACCAGAGAAAGCAAACGAAAUUCAAUCUUCCUUAGAAGGCUUAACAGCCGAUGAUAUUGCAGAUGCUGUAGUUUACGCACUGGGUACUCCGCCAAGAGUAAAUGUUUGUGAUAUUCAUGUCAAGCCGCUGGAACAAAAAACCUAACUUCAACUGGGUGCGUAUAAACUUUUGGAGUAAAAUUUGCUCUUGUACAAACAUCAUUCAAAUUGGAGGAGUAGCAAAUCUGAACUGAUAAUUUUCAAGUAAUAUAUAUAUACAGGCGUAUGUGUUUAAAGUUGAAAUAAACUGAGCUUGUGUGCAAUAGAGAUCAAUGUAAUACUCAGUCUGAGCAGAAAGCGAGGUAACAUGUAGAAAUGCCACUAACACGAACAAACCUGACUUUCCAAUUCCCCAUGACUUUGAUUCCGGUUGUUUUUUCAACAAGCUUAUAAGGUUGAUUUUAUUUUUUAGGAAAUUGUAAUGUUUAUUUUAUAUUUGGUAUUGUAGUGUAGUUCAGUGGUAACUGUAUAUACGAGGAGUAUCACGGUGUAAAAUCUUAGCAGCA